AUGUCUGUAUUAUCGAUUGUUGAUAUCGAGACCCUCCGUGCUCAAUCGGCUCCUUUGCCAUGCACCGUUGCAGCUUUCACGUCCGCCGAUGAUUUCAAAUCGCCAAACAACAAUAGAAAGCCACUCGCGAAAAACUUGGAUCACCACUAUAGUGUCGAGAGCCGAAGAUUUAGUGGCUCAGCAUUGAAAAAGGCUGCCAGCGUCAAAAGCACCAGAAGUAUCAUUUCUCUUGGAACUGGUCGGCCAACGCCAGAUUACUAUCCAUGGGACUUGGUCUCUUUUCAAGGCUUUAGCAGAGCCGGAGAAACUCGAAUUGGCGCAAAAUUCAAAUCCCAUAAUGGGAGCAAUGGCCAUAGUAGCGCGCCUUCUUGUCAGAGCUCCACGAAACAAGAUGAGGGCUAUAACCUGGCCCUGGCUCUCAAUUAUGGGCAUGGGGUUGGAUCGCCCCACCUACUUCGAUUCAUCACGGAGCACACCGAGCUCGUUCACAACCCGGCUUACUCGAAUUGGGGUACUUGCCUGACCGUGGGAACAACAUCUGCUCUCGAAAUUGCUUUCCGUAUAUUCUGCGACAGAGGGGAUACAAUCUUAACAGAGGAGUACACAUAUCCCGGUACUAUUGAAGCUGCAGGUCUAUUGGGAUUAAACAUCCAAGCUAUGAGGUUGGACUUUGAUGGUGUCAAUGAUACAUAUCUCAAGAAACUACUGGACACAUGGAAUCUGUCCUGUGGUCCUAAACCUAGAGUUCUUUAUACAAUCCCUUGUGGUCAGAAUCCGACCGGUGCGACACAAUCGCUAGAGAGACGACACAAGAUCCUUCAAAUAGCGGAAGAGCACGAUUUGAUCAUCUUCGAGGACGAUCCUUAUUUUUUUCUUCGACUGGGGGGAGUCUCAGAGGAUACGGAAUCCAGCACUGCGGCCGGUGGUGUCUGCUCAUACUUAUCUCUCGAUACAUCCGGCCGUGUGGUUCGCUUCGACUCUGCCUCAAAGAUUCUUGCUCCCGGUAUGCGUGCUGGCUGGGUAGUGGCAAACUCCAGCAUCAUCGAGAAAUUCAUUGCAUAUAGUGAGGUCAGCACGGUAGCAGUUAGCGGUCCCGUGCAACUGAUGCUCUGCAAAUUGCUUGACGAAAGCUGGGGGCAUCGAGGCUUCUUUUCCUGGCUGGACCAUCUUUCUCUUCAAUAUCGGAGUCGACGGGAUCUCCUGCUGGAUGCUUGCGAGAGAUUUCUGCCACGAGACAUUUGCAGCUGGGUAUCACCGGACUACGGCAUGUUUCUUUGGGUCAAGCUGGAUUGGAGCCGGCAUCCUCGAUUCCGAAAUCAGACCUCGCAUAAAAACUUGAUAGGGGCACUGGCCGACAUUGAGAAUAAUUUGUUGACGUUGGCCUUCAAGAAUGGUGUCCAAGUCACCAAAGGUUCUCUUUUCCACUGCAACAAAAGCCCUAGUGGCGAAUUGCAUUUUCGAUUGACUUUCGCGGCUGCCGUUAAGGAAGACUUGGGUGAAGGGGUGAGAAUCUUUGCGGAGGCAGUGAAGUAUGAAUUCUUAAUAGAGCAGUAG